AUGUCGGCCUACACCCCACCUUCAUUCCCGACCACCAGCUUCCCGCCCACCACCACCACCGGUUACCAUGUGUACACCCUGCCCCCGUCUCCCACCAGCUCGGGUCUCUGGUGGCACCACCACCGCCCGCACCGAGUCCACAAGGGGCUCAGCGGCGGCGCCAUCGCCGGCAUCGUCGUUGGCGUCUUGGCCUUUGUGGCUCUCCUCGGCGCCCUUGCCUUCUUCCUCAUUCGCAGGCGCCGUCGCGCUCGCCUGACUUCCGCCAAGUAUCUGGACAUGGAGAAGCCUAGCACCGCCACCAAGGCGCCGUACAACCUCGGGACCGUCCCGGCGACGGACAGGCUGUCGCCGGAAGCGCACUCGGCGCCUGGAUCGGAGCGCGGUGGGGUCGUCUGA